AUGGCGGCGGCGGCAGCAGCGGUAGCAACGGCAUCGAGCGGAACGCCGCCGGCGGCUGCCCCGGUGUGCGUGCUGGUGCUGGGCAUGGCGGGCUCCGGGAAGACCACCUUCGUGCAGCGCCUCACGGCACACCUGCACGGGCAGCGCUGUCCUCCGUACGUGAUCAACUUGGAUCCCGCUGUGCACGACCUGCCCUUUCCCGCCAACAUCGAUAUCAGGGACACUGUGAAGUACAAAGAAGUCAUGAAACAAUAUGGGCUGGGCCCAAACGGUGGAAUUGUGACCUCUCUCAAUCUCUUUGCUACAAGAUUUGAUCAGGUGAUGAAGUUUAUUGAAAAAAGACAAAAUGCAUCCAAGUAUGUUAUUAUUGACACACCAGGGCAAAUUGAGGUAUUCACCUGGUCAGCAUCAGGAACCAUCAUAACAGAAGCCUUGGCUUCCUCUUUUCCUUCAGUUGUUGUUUAUGUGAUGGACACCUCUCGCAGUACUAACCCUAUCACCUUUAUGUCCAACAUGCUGUAUGCCUGCAGUAUCCUGUACAAGACAAAGCUGCCUUUCAUUGUUGUCAUGAACAAAACUGACAUCAUAGACCACAGUUUUGCAGUUGAGUGGAUGCAGGACUUUGAGACAUUUCAGGAUGCCCUGAAUCAAGAGACAUCCUAUGUCAGCAACUUGACUCGUUCCAUGAGUUUAGUGCUGGAUGAAUUUUACAGUUCACUGAAGGUGGUUGGUGUUUCUGCAGUGCUUGGCACAGGACUGGAUGAUUUUUUUGUUCAGCUUGCUAAAGCGGUAGAUGAAUAUGAGAGAGAAUAUCGUCCAGAAUACGAGCGCCUGAGGAAAACAUUGGAGCAAGCUCAAAAUAAACAGAAGAGAGAGCAGCUGGAACACUUGUGGAAGGACAUGGGUGAUGUGUGUGUGCAGGGCAACACCCUUGCAGGGUCUGAUGAUGCUUCUGCAAUGGGUCCCUCUGAGCUGAUCCUAACACGAGGAACUCUUGAUGAAGAAGAAGAAGAAGAGAGAGAGAGUGAUACUGAUGACAUUGACCAUGAAGUUACUGAGGAGAGUCAUGAAGAACCAGCCUUCAGAAACUUCAUGCAAGAGACACGGAUGAAAUACCAGAGAAGCAAACCAAAUGAAUGACACCUUCAGAAAGAGAGACAGUUUGGAAUCUCCAGUAACAGUGUUAAAAGUAAAGGAACUUCCCUGGAACCACGCAUGAAGUCUUCUAUCUGAACAGCUUCCUCUGAUAUGUCUUUCUUCCUGCAGUAAUGGUUGGUCAUAAGAGUUGGAAGGUCUCGUAUCCAACUGACUCUGCAUUUGGUCAUCUGCCACUGUGAAUUCCUAAAGCUGAAGAAACCUUCUGGUUUCCAAAGUGCAGUCUGUUCACUUUGUGCAGACAGGUAUCUGUUACAGCCAGGAUGUAAGUGAACUCUCCAUCAGUCUAGUGUUUGAUGGUUUGGGACUCAUUAAAUGUAUUUUAUGUACUGACAAA